UUAAUGUUUGACUUGAGUUCUUCUUUCCAAAGUUCAGAGCUGCUCUGUUAUCACAUUUCCUUAAAGAACACUUCAGAUAGAAGACGAAUACAGAGAGUUCAGACAGUAUGUGAAUCCACAGACCUUUGAAAACCUCCUGCUGUGUGGGCUCUGCUAUGAAUCGGUGUGAGGACAGAGAGGAUGGAGUCCCUUCCUCUAAAACCUCUCUGCGUGGAGGACAUGAUGGCCAGACCAAAGCUCAGAGACCACGCUCUCCUGUAUCCAGCUGUGUGUCCAUGAAGAGUGACAGCUCUAAGGGUCGACCUUUUGACUUCAAACAUGGACAGCAGUCUGCUGAUCCAGGCCCAGAGUGGCAAUACAGACCGGACUCUCCUGUAUCCAGCUGUGUGUCCAUGAGGAGUGACAGCUCUAAGGGUCGACCUUUUGACUUCAAACAUGGACAGAAGUCUGAUGAUCAUAGUAUCCCUCAGCAGAGACCAGAUCACUCUGGAAUCAGCUGCGUGUCCAUGAAGAGUGACAGCUCUAAGGGUCGACCUCUUGACUUCAAACACGGACAGAAGUCUGAUGAUCAAAAGAUCCCUCAGCAGAGACCAGAUCCUUCUGGUCCCAGCUGUGUGUCCUUGAAGAGUGACAUCUCUAAGGGUCGACCUCUGGACUUCAAACGUGAAGAGAAGUCUGAUUAUCAAAAGAUCCCUCAGCAGAGACCGGAUCCUUCUGGUCCCAGCUGUGUGUCCUUGAAGAGUGACAGCUCUAAGGGUCGACCUUUUGACUUCAAACAUGGACAGCAGUCAGAUGAUCAAAAGAGGAUCAAAAAGCAGAAACAAGACUCUCCUGUAUCCAGUAGUCAAUCUGCCCAGCAGCAUCAAACAGACCUGAACUCUGUAUUCAUGCUGCUUGAGGAGAACAUUAUCAGUUUUGUGAAGAACGAACUGAAGAAGUUCCAGAAAGUUCUGAGUCCAGAUUACCCAGAAUGCUUUGAGAGUCAGUGUGAGGAUCAGGAGGCGGGGGAAGGCGAGGAAGAAGAGAAGUGGAGGAGCAGCAGAGAGGGAUUUCUGAAGAUCACACUGCACUUCCUGAGGAAAUUGAAGCAUGAGGAGCUGGCUGGCCAUCUGCAGAGCAGAACUGGUGUUGCUGCUCUCUUAUGUCAGCGCAAACUAAAGUCUGAUCUAAAGAAGAAGUAUGAGUGUGUGUUUGAGGGGAUUGCUAAAGCAGGAAACCCAACCCUUCUGAAUCAGAUCUACACAGAGCUCUACAUCACAGAGGGAGGGACUGCAGAAGUCAAUGAUGAACAUGAGGUCAAACAGAUUGAAACAUUAUCCAGGAAACCAGACAGACCAGAAACGACAGUCAGACGAGAAGACAUCUUUAAACCCUCACCUAGAAGAGAUGAACCAAUCAGAAAAGUGAUGACAAAGGGAGUGGCUGGCAUCGGGAAAACAGUCUUAACACAGAAGUUCACUCUGGACUGGGCUGAAGACAAAGCCAACCAGGACAUACAGUUCACAUUUCCUUUCACUUUUAGAGAACUGAAUGUGCUGAAAGAGAAGAAAUUCAGCUUGGUGGAACUUGUUCAUCACUUCUUUAAUGAAACUAAAGAAGCAGGAAUCUGCAGGUUUGAAGAGUUCCAGGUUGUGUUCAUCUUUGACGGUCUGGAUGAGUGUCGACUUCCUCUGGAUUUCCAAAACAAUCAGAUCCUGACUGAUGUUACAGAGUCCACCUCAGUGGAUGUGCUGCUGACAAACCUCAUCAGGGGAAAACUGCUUCCCUCUGCUCGCCUCUGGAUAACCACACGACCUGCAGCAGCCAGUCAGAUCCCUCCUGAGUGUGUUGACAUGGUGACAGAUGUCAGAGGGUUCACUGACCCACAGAAGGAGGAGUACUUCAGGAAGAGAUUCAGGGAUGAGGAGCAGGCCAACAGAAUCAUCUCCCACAUCAAGACAUCCCGAAGCCUCCACAUCAUGUGCCACAUCCCAGUCUUCUGCUGGAUCACUGCUACGGUUCUGGAGGAUGUGUUGAAGACCAGAGAGGGAGGAGAGCUGCCCAAGACUCUGACUGAGAUGUACAUCCACUUCCUGGUGGUUCAGUCAAAACUGAAGAAGAAGUAUGAAAGAGGAGCUGAGAAAGAUCCAGGCUGGAGUUCGGAGAGCAGGAAGAUGAUUGAGUCUCUGGGAAGACUGGCUUUUGAGCAGCUGCAGAAAGGCAACCUGAUCUUCUAUGACUCAGACCUGACAGAGUGUGGCAUCGAUAUCAAAGCAGCCUCAGUGUACUCAGGAGUGUUCACAGAGAUCUUUAAAGAGGAGAGAGGGCUGUACCAGGACAACGUGUUCUGCUUCGUCCAUCUGAGUGUUCAGGAGUUUCUGGCUGCUCUUCAUGUCCAUCUGACAUUCAUCAACUCUGGUGUCAAUCUGCUGUCAGGAGAAAAAACAACCUCCCUGCUUUCUAAAGUCUUCAAAGACAAACCUAAACUGACAGAACUCUACCAGAGUGCUGUGGACAAGGCCUUACAGAGUCCAAAUGGACACCUGGACUUGUUCCUCCGCUUCCUCCUCGGUCUUUCACUGCAGCCCAAUCAGACCCUCCUACGAGGUCUCCUGACACAGACAGGAAGUAGCUCAGAAACCAAUCACAAAACAGUUAAAUACAUCAAGAAGAAGAUCAGCGAGACAUCGUCUACAGAGAAAAACAUCAAUCUGUUCCACUGUUUGAAUGAGCUGAAUGAUCAUUCUCUAGUGGAGGAGAUCCAACAGAACCUGAGAUCAGGACAUUUCUCCACAGAAAAACUCUCUGACGCUCAGUGGUCAGCUCUGGUCUUCAUCUUACUGUCAUCAGAAAAAGAUCUGGAUGUAUUUGACCUGAAGAAAUACUCUGCUUCAGAGGAGGCCCUUCAGAGGCUGCUUCCAGUGGUCAAAGCCUCCAACAAAGCCCUGCUGAGUGGCUGUAACCUCUCAGAGAGAAGCUGUGAAGUUCUGUCCUCAGUUCUCAGCUCCCAGUCCUCUACUCUGAGAGAGCUGGACCUGAGUAACAACAACCUGCGGGAUUCAGGAGUGAAGCUGCUCACUGCUGGACUGGAGAGUCCACACUGUACACUUGGAACUCUCAGGUUGGGUUUAUGUAAACUCUCAAUGCGAAGCUGUGAAGCUCUGUCCUCAGUUCUCAGCUCGCAGUGUAGUCUGAGAGAGUUGGACCUGAGUAACAAUGACCUGCGGGAUUCAGGAGUGCAGCAGCUCGCUGUUGGACUUGGGAGGCCAGAAUGUACACUGGAAAUGGUCAGUCUGUCAGGCUGUCUGGUCACAGAGGAUGGCUGUGCUCCUCUGGCCUCAGCUCUGAGCUCCAACCUUUCCCAUUUGAGAGAGCUGGACCUGAGCUACAAUCAUCCAGGAGACCCGGGAGUGAAGCGUCUGUCUGCUGCAUUGGAGGAUCCACACAGGAGACUGAACACUCUCAGGGUGGACCAUGGUGGACAGCGGUGGAUAAAACCUGGUCUGAGGAAGUAUGCCUGUGAACUCACACUGGACACAAACACAACACACAAAAAGCUCAAACUGUCUGAAAACAACAGGAAGGUGACACUGGUGGGAGAGAAAAAACAUUCAUAUCCCGAUCAUGAAGACAGAUUUGACCGCUGCUGUCAGCUGCUGUGUGGAAAUUAUCUGACCGAUCGCUGUUACUGGGAGGUCGAGUGGAGAGGAGAUGUUGAUGUAGCAGUGACUUACAGAGGAAUCACAAGGAAAGGAAAAAGUGCUGAGUGCAGGUUUGGAAGGAAUGAUCAGUCGUGGAGUCUAAACUGCUCUGAUGUCGGUUACUCCGCUUGGCACAAUAACAGAGAAACAGUCCGUCUUUCCUCCUCCUCCUCCUCUGCUUCUGGUAGAGUAGCAGUGUAUGUGGACUGUCCUGCUGGCACUCUGUCCUUCUACAGAGUCCGCUCUGAAGAACUGAUCCACCUCCACACCUUCAACAUCACAUUCACUCAACCUCUUUUUCCCGGGUUUGGAUUUGGGUUUGGGGUGGAGUCUUUGAUGUUGUCCCAGGACUCGUCAGUGUCUCUGUGUUCAUUGUAGGAGGAAGGGUCUCAAUAGCUGUGUUUCCAUUCAAUUGUCAAGAGAUUUUUAAGUGAACUUGAAAUGUCGCAAAAAAGAAAUGUGAAUUAGGCGCGUUUCCAUCAAUUAGUUUGGAGCGAAUGAACUCGGCUACAGAGUAGUUUGUUCAGAAGUUGCCGCUAUAGGCUCCGCAUUGGUUGUAAUCCGCUAGUUGACAGAGUAGAAGAAGAGGUUGCGAACUGGAAACAAAACAAGUUGGCUAACCAUCUAUGAGAGAAAAAUGGAAAGAAGUUUUCAUGAAUUAGUUUCAAUUGUUCUUUAACGUCAACUAGUAUUGGUCAUGUUUCAUGUUGUCCAGAGACGAAGACAAGCAUUUGCACGUCAUGGGAAUAUCCGAGAAAAUGCCUACAGCGGAAACACCUGAUCAGUCAUGUGUCAAAUGUUCGCUACACCAUAACACAUUUAGUGCAUAAUUUCUUUGUUUGAUAGUUGUUGUAUUGAAGCAUUAUCAAGUUGUUAAAGAGAGAUAGUAGAUGCCAAUCUUGAGUUUAAAACUGAAGCUAAAUGCACCAGCUCUGACUUUAACAAUCAGUCAAAAUGGCUGCUAAUUGGCCAGGACAUAGACUCAUCAUCAUGUAAAUAAAGGAUAAUCCACAUUUAUGUUUCAUAACUACAUGUCGGAAAGGAAAUGUUUUCAUAUUUUAGGGGAACAUGCUCUUUAAUUGAAAUACUUGUUAAAUAUAGUGAGAGAAACGCGUAUCGCCUUUUCAUUCUGCUGUCUUUCUUGAGCUGGUCAGAAAUGCAUUUAUUAAAACAUUUUGUAUUUUGAACAAUUCUCAUUCUUGUAACCAUUCUGAAAAAAAGAUAUAUAUAUAUAUAUAUAUAUAUAUAUAUAAUGCAUCAUUUGUCCGUUUGAGAUGUGUCAUGAAACAUUGAAUCAAAAUGUAGAUGACGUGACUACUGUCAUGAGUUUUUCAAUAAAGUUAUGAGACAAAAUCUGAGUUAAAGUGUUCAUGUCUAACAUACAUGUUUAUUAGUUGUUUUGCGGUAAGGUUCAUGAGUUCAUUGACGAAGUGAAAGUAGCAAACCGUUAUUACUGUAAGUGUUAUAAUUAAUCAUGAAUGUAAAAGCAGAACUCACAAUGGUAUGAUAGUGAGAGCUGUUUAACUUUUCUUUAUGCUCAGUCUCAGUUCUGCGUUCAAAAUCAAUAAAUAAAUGAAUAAAUACACCCUGAAUGCAAUGAUA